AAAUAUAUUCAUACAUUCCUCUUGUUCCUUUCACAGAAUAGCAAGAAAAUUCCACCCCUCCUUUCCUUCCUCUCUAUUAUAAACAGGAUCUGUUCAAUCAAGAAAAAGAGAAACAGAAAAGAUAGGGAAUUCAAUUCCUUCCCACCAUCAACACCAAUCAAGAAGUUGAAGAAAAGAUUUUGUAUUUUUUUUACCUCUAAAACGUGCUUCUACAGUCGUACCAUUUUUUUUAAAAAAAAUAAAAUUAUUAUCUUUUUUCUCCCCAAAUUUUCAUUAUAUUUCAGCUUCUGGGAGGCCCAGGGACAGGGAGAAGAAGAGGCUUUAAGCUGGAGAGAAGAGAAAUUAACUCAGUUGGCGAUGCUCCGGCAACAGAGAUGACAUGGUGUAACAACUCCGCUACCGGCGACCAACCGCCCCUCCAGAUAAUCCCCUCCGACGACGAUAACGCCGCCGUCGCGACGUCCAGAAUUCGCAGCGUCACUUGCCCUUCAUGUGGCCAUAGCAUACAACUUGAAAGUCAGGGGAUACAUGAUUUGCCUGGUCUACCCGCUGGCGUGAAGUUUGAUCCUUCCGAUCAAGAAAUUCUGGAGCAUUUGCAGGCGAAGUCUGUUUCCGACAGCCGGAAACUUCAUCCUCUUAUUGAUGAGUUCAUUCCCACAAUUGAAGGUGAAAACGGGAUUUGCUAUACUCAUCCAGAGAAACUCCCAGGGGUGAACAAGGACGGGCAAGUCCGGCAUUUCUUCCACCGGCCGUCGAAAGCGUACACCACAGGGACAAGAAAGCGGCGGAAGGUGCACACGGAUGCGGACGGCGGCGAGACGAGGUGGCACAAAACCGGCAAGACUAGGGCCGUGUUUGGGGAAGCUAAUCUGAGAGGCUACAAAAAGAUCCUCGUCCUCUACACCAACUACGGCAGGCAAAGGAAACCUGAGAAGACAAAUUGGGUAAUGCACCAGUACCACCUCGGCCACGACGAAGAGGAGAAAGAUGGAGAGUUGGUGGUGUCCAAAGUGUUCUACCAAACGCAGCCUAGACAGUGCGGAUCCUCCUCGUCAUCAAGCUCAAAACAACCGCUCAACAAAACGUCAUCAGUGUCCUUUAGCAGGCGUGACGACAACAAUUUCGUUGAUUACUAUAAUCCUCCUUUCAUUUCCUCGUACCAUGUCGGAAGCCAAAACCCUGAUGCCCAACCUCAUCAGCUAAUCCCCAGUUUGGUCGUUCAUGCUGAUACUUCGUCCUUCAUUAAUCUAUCUUCAAAUUCAAGUAAAGACAAAUGAAAAGAAAUACAAAUUACUUUAUAGGGUGGUGAUGGUGGCUUGUUGUGUGCCAUAUAUAGUAGCUUAGCUUACACAAGAAAUUUAAGAUUUAUACACAGUAACUAGCUAAUUGGAUGGGUUGUAGGAUUUUUAUUUUUUAUUUUUUACCUGUAAUAAAUGAUGAAUUUCUUAGCUUUGAUUUACAAAAAAAAAACUUGUUGUUGGUAUUUGAAAGUGCACUCUGGGCGAAGAUAGGUAUAAAUCUUAGCUCCGCAAACACAUUGAUAGGUAGUAGGUAUAGAUUGUAAGUGAGUACAUUUAUACUGUAAUUCAGAAGCACCAAGAACACCCUAUAUCAUAUAGUUAUACUGAUCUUUUCAAUAUAUCUAAUUACUUAUUCAA